GUGACCCCUUUCCCUCUUCAUUUUGCAUUCCUCCUCCUCCGGUCUAUAUAAUAAUAAACCUACUGCCAUUUCCUCAAAAUUCAUCACAUUCAUAUCAAUUCUUUUAACUCAUUACGUACGCUCAUUUGUAUAUGUGCGUAAAGAUAUAAGAAAAUACCUUUUGUGUUCUUCCGUACCUCCAAACAAAUGGCAAGCACGCGCAUAAGUGGCAUGUUGCUUGCGUUCUUUGGGUUUGUCUGUCUUCUUCUUGUAGGACUCCCUGCCACCGAGGCUGCUACUAAGACAUACAAGUUCAACAUUCAAGUGAGUAAUGUGAGCAGGCUGUGCCAUCCCAAGCCAAUUGUGACAGUAAAUGGGAGGUUUCCAGGGCCUACCGUUUAUGCAAGAGAAGGGGACAGAGUUAUUAUCAAUGUCACUAACCACGCACAAUAUAACAUGUCCAUCCACUGGCACGGACUGAAGCAGUUUCGCAACGGUUGGGCAGAUGGACCGGCUUACGUAACCCAAUGUCCAAUCUCGACCGGGAAUAGUUAUGUCCAUGACUUCAACAUUACUGGCCAAAGAGGAACCUUGUGGUGGCAUGCACAUAUUCUUUGGCUAAGGGCAACCGUUUAUGGCGCAAUUGUGAUCAUGCCACAACAAGGGACCCCUUUCCCCUUCCCACAGCCUGACAGAGAAGAAGUUAUCGUGCUCGGAGAAUGGUGGCAUGCAGACGUUGAAACACUGGUGAAUGAAGGGAACCGAUUGGGGUUGCCCCCAAAUGCAUCCGAUGCUCACACAAUCAAUGGGAAGCCCGGACCGCUUUUCCCAUGUUCUGAAAAACAUACAUAUGUUAUGGAGGUUGAGCAAGGGAAAACAUACCUGCUUAGGAUAGUCAACGCUGCCCUAAACGACGACCUUUUUUUCGCAUUAGCAAACCACAACAUGACUGUAGUAGAGAUUGACGCAGUCUACACGAAGCCCCUCUCCACAAAUGCUAUUCUUAUCGCCCCUGGCCAGACAACUAAUGUUCUUGUCAGAGCCAAUCAAAUCCCAGGAAGAUAUUUCAUGGCUGCACGGCCUUUCAUAGACGUUCCAAUUUCAAUAGAUAACAAAACCGCCACUGCCAUAUUCCAAUACAAAGGUGUCCCAAACACGAUAUUCCCAAAACGUCCUCUCUUACCCGCUUCCAACGACACUGCUUUUGCCUUGGCAUUCAACGGAAAGCUUAGAAGCCUAAACACUCCCAACUUCCCGGCAAAAGUUCCACUGAAAGUGGAUAGGAAUCUGUUCUUCACAGUUGGUCUGGGGAUGAAUCCGUGUCCAACAUGCUUGAACGGUACUAGGUUGACAGCUUCGCUGAACAACAUUUCAUUUGUGAUGCCCCACACUGCCCUUCUAGAAGCUCAUUACUUCAAUAUGACGGGAGUGUACAACACAGAUUUCCCAGACAAACCGCCGAUUCCAUUUAACUACACUGGUGCACCUUUAACUGCAAACCUCAAGACGGCUCGCGGGACAAGGGUCAGUAAGCUUGCCUUCAACUCCACUGUUGAGUUGGUUUUACAAGACACUAAUCUUCUGACUGUUGAAUCACACCCUUUCCAUCUCCAUGGAUAUAACUUUUUUGUUGUCGGAACUGGAGUUGGGAAUUUCAAUCCUGCCAAGGACCCCAAAAAUUAUAACCUCGUUGAUCCUCCAGAGAGAAACACUGUUGGUGUUCCCACGGGUGGUUGGGCUGCCAUUCGUUUCAGAGCUGAUAAUCCAGGAGUAUGGUUUUUCCACUGCCAUUUGGAGCUGCACACAGGUUGGGGGUUGAAAACAGCUUUUGUAGUGGAAGACGGACCAGGUUCAGAUCAAAAGACUCUGCCUCCACCGAAGGAUCUCCCACUCUGCUGAUGUUCAAACAAUCACAGUGUAUAUGCCUCGUCAUGAAAAAAAAUAUCAUAUGAGGCCUAUUGAGGAUCCCACAAAUUUGAAACAUACAUAGAAAUGGUUACACAUAUGCUAUUAAGAAAAGAGAUUGAGAAAAUAUCAUUCAAUUUGUAUUUAAUUUGGAAAUGUAAUAAAAGUUCAUAAAAUUGAUUUGACUUUGCGUAUAUAUCACUAAAAAAGAAAGGGCUUAACUAAGAGUCCUUGUAGCUCACCUUUCUAUUGGAUAGGUGAGAGCCUGAGAGGUACAACUAUGACUAACAAGCUAUGAAAAGAUUUGACUUUUGAUCCCGUGACUAACUAGGUUAUUUUCUUUUUUUUUGUCCCGUGACUUUUAGGUCAUUUUCACUUUUGUUUUUUACAGGAUGAGUGCUUAGGAUCAAUAGGGGCCAGAGAUUCAGUUAUAUAUGCACCAAAAGUGAAAAUGACCUUAAAGUGAAAAUCCACCUCAAACCCCUGUGUCUUACUUCGUAUAUAUGAAGAAAAACAAGGACCGGUAACAAAAUUUAAAAGAAGUCUAGUUAAACAACUUUAAUUUGACUAGAAAUAUAAAAUACAAUAACUUAGAAGAGAAAAAUAAAUUUACAUGCUUAAUUAUCUGGGCCAUAGGGCUGUAAAUGUAUAACCAAAAAUUUGAUUAUCGUCCGCAUCCGUAUCCGUUUGUACAGAAAAUAUCCGCAUCCGUUAAAAGCAGUUAUUAACUGUAUCCAAUUGGUAAACGGAUACGGAUUUGGUAAUCAUACAUCCGAUCCGUUUAGAAUCUGCUUUGCAUUGACAUCCGUUAAGUAACCGUUUAUCCGUGUAACAGAUCCAUGAUAUAUAGUUUUUCAUAAUUUUUUAUUUUUAUAUUUUGUUUCUCUAUUGAUAUCGCAAAGUAUAAGACAUUUU